UUUCUCCUGCAGAACAAAGUCCUCUCAGAACUUUCCAUCUCAUUGUGAAGACUAUGACUCAGUCUGAAGCUCGAGCAGCUUGUAGAGAGAACUACACUGAUCUGGUCACUGUGUGCAGUGAAGAAGAGAACGCUGCACUGAUUAAUCUGAUCAACAGUACAGUCUGGAUUGGUCUUCAGCGCAGUCAGUUCAGUUCUAAAUGGUCUAAUGGUGAUGAAGUUACAUUCAGUGCUCUGACUGGAAGCUGUGGGCCAAAGCCCUGCUGUGCUGCUAUGAAGACUGAUGCAUCCUGGGACAAUAUAACGUGCACAGAGAAAAGAAACUUCAUGUGUUACAAACAAGAUCAGACUGACCUCACCUUCAGCUAUCACCUGAUCACUGAGAAUAAGACCUGGUAUGAAGCUCAGAGUUACUGCAGGAAGAACUACACUGAUCUGGUCAGCAUCAGAGAUCAGGAGCAGAAUGAAGCAGUGAAGAUAGCAGGGAUGAAGAGCAGUGAUUUCUUCUGGAUUGGUCUGCUGCGUGAUGACUGGGAGUGGGCUGAUGGAGGAAGAUCUGCUUACAGAAACUGGGACACUAUUUACCCUCGAACACCAUCAACACCAACAAACUGUACACAGCUGAAUAAUGGGAAAUGGCAAAAUGUGUAUUGCAGUAAUUCUGCGCCUGCUGUUCUGUGCUACAACACAUCUGUUAAUGUCGGUGAUGACCAAAUGACCGGGAUGAGCAGCACUCUGAACUACUGUAAGAAAGUCUUUUCUGCUGCAGAACAAAGAAAUUCUCUCACAACUUUCCAUCUCAUAGAGAAGAACCUGACUCAGUCUGAAGCUCGAGCAGCUUGUAGAGAGAACUACACUGAUCUGGUUACUGUGUAUAAUGAUGAAGACAUCACUGCACUGAUCAGACUGACUGGUAUCGGCUCUGCAUGGACUGGUCUGUACAGGAAUGUAAAAUGGUCUAAUGGUGAUGACGUUACAUUCAGUGCUGCAACUGGAGACUGUGACUCAUGGCGCUGCUGUGCUGCUAUGAGGGCUGAUGGAUUAUGGGAAAAUCUUCAGUGUACAGAGACACGAAACCUCAUGUGUUAUAAACAAGAUCAGACUGACCUUACCUUCAGUUAUCAUCUGAUCACUGAUCAGUUUCUGACCUGGUAUGAAGCUCAGAGUUACUGCAGGAAGAACUACACUGAUCUGGUCAGCAUCAGAGAUCAGGAGCAGAAUGAAGCAGUGAAGAUAGCAGGGAUGAACAGCAGUGAUUUCUUCUGGAUUGGUCUGCUGCGUGAUGACUGGCAGUGGGCUGAUGGAGGAAGAUCUGCUUACAGAAACUGGUGGGAUGAUCACCCUAAAUCUUCUCCAGCAGACUGUGUGAAACUGGUAUCAGGAAAAAUGUAUUCAGUGCCGUGCAGUAAUACUGGAUCUGCUCUGUGCUACAGCAUGCACAUCCAUGUUAGUGAUGACACCAUGAGCUGGGAGAACGCUCUGGACUACUGUAAGAAAGAUAACAGGGAUGGACUUCUGCGCAUCGAGUCUGAUCUGGAGCAGGAACAGCUGGAGUCUGAGCUCAGGAGGAGGGGUGUCUCUGGGCCGAUGUGGGUGGGGCUUGGACAGAAGCGAAUCACUGAGCUGCUGAAGUUAGACUGUAGACUGUCUUUGGGUCCCUGGACCAAGUGGUCUGGAGAGCGCCCACCACCUUCCAGCUGUGGUGCCCCGAACCCUGUGGAGAAAUCAUGCAGUGUGAAGACGAGCGUCUCUAAACUCAGAGCCGUCUGUCGACUUAAACAAACUUAACAGUUUAGUGUUUCUCUGACUCUUCGAUUUCUUUCAGGAAGAGCUUCAUCAUUAUAAACGCUCAUCCGAAUCAAGCAGUCGAGCAGAUAAACACUAAAAUGUGCAGAAAUUCUUCAUUUAUACACUGUGUUUCAAAAUGUUAUGCAAGUGAUAUUUCACUCCGAUUUUAACUAAAUGGUCAAUGUAAAUAACAGUAAAUAUAAUUUUAAUUCAUGACCCGUUAAGUUUAAUCCAAUUUUAUUAAACAAACCUCCGCCCCCUCCUUGCUGAUGUCGCGGCCUUGUUGGGACGUGGUGGCCAUCCAUCAUCUGGACCAUCCAGGGUUACACGGCAUUUAUCAGUAAACAAGACUGUUUGGAAAUUAGUCUUUAUGUAUGUCUGGACCCACUGCAACCGUUUCUGCUUGUGAGCUCUGGUUAGGGGCGGCAGAAUAGUAGAUUUAUACACAACUGCAUCGCAAGACUCCAGAGGCACCAGCAGCUUCAAAUACCUGUUUGCUGGUUUGUAACGGCAUUUUAGCAGCUGCUGUCUUAAUCAGAUUAAUUUAUCUAUCAGAAACCUUCCUCAUUUUGCCUUUAUCUGCACAAACUGAGUUUUUUUUAUUACUAUCAUUGGGAGGUUUGCUUAAUAAAAUUGGAUUGAUACUUAACGGACCAUGACUUAUAAAAUAAUAAAUAAUACUGACUGUCACUUGCUACACACUUCAGUUACUGUAUAUAUAUAUUUUUUUACAAUGCUUGAGCUUUUCUUUACCAUAAGGUUUUGGUAUAAAGGGUGAUUUUUAUCAAGUAAUAUUUCUACUGCAUUUCUACAUAUUUUAUUUGAGAGGAAAUCUUGUAAUGUGUUGCUGUGUAAUUUCUAAACAUUGAACAUUUAC